AUGUCGGACGAGCUUAUAAAAGUGGUUAAUUUUGAUGGUUUCAUUAGCCAUGUCAGUGAUUCCGGUGAAGGUUCUGAAGUUAUUAUUUAUGUGGCGCACGUUGUUAGCGAUGAUUCCAGAAUACAAGAAGGAGGCAAAACCGGAGCAGCACAGGAUUUGUUUAAUUGUGAAGAUCAUGUCAGCAACAACGACAAUAAUUUUGGUACUAUAUUUACAAUUCGGGUUGGACAGUGUGUGGAACGUGUUGCUGCAAAGGAUAUUUCUGAAAAUGAAAGAUUAACAAAGGUUCGUUUGAUUGAUAAGGGAAUCGAUGUUGAAGUGGAACGAAAUGCAUUAUUUCCAUCGACUUCAUGUGAUAAAAUUGAUACCGACUGUAUGUGUCCCAUUUUGGUUAUUGAUGCUGGUGAAGAGCAAAGAGAAGUGGCAGCGCAAAUUAGCGGGCGUGAAUGUCGCUGCAUUAACGGUAACUUAGUCGUGAUCCCGUCUGUGGGACUUUGUGUUAAAGGUCGAUUACUGGUUUCUUAUGGAAACGGUGGAUAUGCAGAAUUAAAAGAUAUCAGUCUAGUACCAGCAGAAGGACAAGAAAAAUUUACUAUGGAGGAUAUAUCGGAGUCGAAUGUCAACAUGUCACCAAUGCCAAAGCAUACAGAACCCUUUCGCUAUCAUUGUGAUUCGAUUGCAUGCCGUAGAAAUGCGCUUGGUGGUAAUGGUGAAAAAUAUGAACAAGGAGAAUACGAUGAUAUGAUGAAUGCAUAUGGAAAUGAAGCGUGCACUUUCACUGAAAACCAUUUUACAAAUCAAUGCAAUAAUCAGUUUGAUAGGAAUUCAGCAGCUGUAGGAAACGGCAUGUCUUUUGAUCGCCGUAACUAUGAUGAAGGCUUUCCUGGUGCUAGGUUUGAUUGUGAUCGCGAAGAGAUGGAUGACAUGUACGUCAUGGAGUCGAGAUCUGAUCUGCCAUACAAACAACACGCAUUUAAAGAAUAUGUGCCGUAUGUCUAUCCCCGUACAAUGCGCAUUCGUUUUGAUAAAAUUGAUUCAUCACUAGCUGAUACCUUUUCAGUUUUCGAACCGAACAUCUUUACAACCGUAGAAAGAAUUCUUCAUGAAGGACGACAACGCUACAGUACUUGCCCACAAUUUGACAUGUCACUGGUUCACCAGUUAAACGGAGUGGGUUGUUUGGUGAAAGCGAGCGUUGACAGUGGUUGUCGCUCUUUGUGUCGUGCUGAAAUAAUCAAAUUUGCGAACAGCACAAAUAGAUUCUCUGUAUACUUGGUUGACUAUGGUUUUUACAAAUGGAUUAAAUUCAAUGAUGUAUUUGACAUAUCAGUGAUUAACAAGAGAGAUAAAAUUCUAUUCUUACCGGUAGCUUUGUUUCACUGUCGACUUGAGAAAUGUGCAAAUGGAAUUCGUUUGCAGCAUUUGGAAAAAGGUGGCGAAUAUGAAAUUACCAUCAAAUCACGAGAUUCAGAAGGCAUUUUCAACGUGCACAUUGAUCGAAUCGAUGAUGAUGAUGGUAAUGAAGACACACUGACGAACACCCGCGAUUCACUUGUUUCAUUUAAUUUUAACGGAUACAGUAAUUUCUUUGCUCCAUGGUGUUCCUGCUCAUCAUUGCAAUGUAUUAGCAGUGCAUUUCUGAGAGCAUUCCAAAGAAAUAUGGAAAUUGGUGAAGUAUUGCGCAGAAAUUCUUUGAUGAGCACAAUGAUAACAAAUAUACCUUUCGGCACCUGGCCAGGUAUUUGUGGAUUUGGUAUUCCAUAUCCUAUGAUCAUGCCUGUAAUGGUGCCAACAAUACUUAAUUUUGGUGAGAUAAUCAGCAGAAACCAGGGAAACCGAUCGUUUGCACAGUUUGGUCAAGGUGAUAAUGCAAGGGAUUCGUUUUUCAUAAAUAAAGAUAUGCGCACCUCAUACAGAAGAGGUUAUGAUCGCUCCUGGAACUGUGAGGAAGGUAGAUAUCGUCCAAUUGAGUGCAACAGAGAGUUCGAUUAUAAUGACAAUUUCGAAGAAAGCAUUAACUUGCAAAAUCGAAAUACUUUUGGCCAAACAUUUCAUCGAAAUAACGGUUGUUGGGGUAGACGAGGAGAGAGAAAUAUUACAAACAGAGGUUGUCGAUCUGGAAAAUACGGUCCUCAUAUUAACACUGACGAUUUGAAUGCAGCUCACGAAAACUUUUCUUCGGACGGUCCUGAAUAUGCCAACCCUGAUAUGGAGAAUAAGCGAAGCGAACCAAUUGCGUGUUCAGAAAGCAGCGAACAGGAAUUACCGCCGCAACAAAACCAACAUGUAAAUCCACUCGCAGAUUUUGACAAGAACACAACCGGAAAUGAAUCUUAA